UCUAAGAAUAGACUCGUAGCCAGUCAUCGUAAUGACGAUAAUAGAGAAGAGCUACCGACAAGUACAGGAAGAGUCACUAGAGUGGUCCACAACUCGUAUUCCGAGCCAGUGAGGGGGAACCCUUCUCCGAGAAGGUAACGGGACCUGAUUCUCGGCUUGGGUAUCCAGACACACAAUGUCCUUCGGCGAGAGAAGGAAGAGGCGUCACUGAAGGUACCAAUUCUAUAACUGUGGUCCACCUCAGAUAAAAUAGUUCCAUGACACAAGUCACGAUACUACAUUCCAGCCGCUUCUCCCGCGACCCCCAAGCCCUUCGUCAAAGCGCUCCUUCGCUCAAGUGAAUAGCCACACUCUUCCCCAAAACUAUAGCCUCUCUAAGGCCAAGCCAACAACAGGUGACACACUGACCAAUGUCCUCAUCAUCCCCGCGCCGCCUAGUCGGCGUCUCCACGAAGAUGUACUUCUCGUUCGCAAAAACGACAACAUACAUCUCGACGCUUCUCAAGCUCCUCGCAGACCAGCCCCCAGACACCCUCGCUUCCUUGCAAAACAUAGACAUAUUUGUAAUCCCGGACCAUGUCUCUCUCGUGUCUGUCAUCUCCCUGCUCCGACAUGAAAGCAACACCUGCCCGGUGCCUAUCCUCGCAGGUGCUCAGGACGCUUUCCACGAGGACGCCGGCGCCUUCACGGGCGAGGUAUCCCCCGCUGUAUUAGCCGAGGUCGGGUGUAGGAUCUUGGAAUUAGGGCACGCUGAGCGUCGCCGAUUUUUCGGCGAGACGGAUGACAUCACAGCCAAGAAGGCCGCCGCGGCCGCGCGCAACGGCAUCAUUCCUCUCGUCUGCGUGGGCGAGCGGACGAAGCCGCCCGUCUCCUUUGCAUCAUCGGAAUCUAUAUCUGAAGAUGAUAAGGUUUUAGACACAAAGGCAGCCCUUCCUGAGAUCCGUGCCCAGAUCGAAGCGGUGCUAAGCGCCGUCCCGCCCACGACGGACGUCGUGCUAGCUUACGAGCCCGUCUGGGCUAUCGGCGCGGCGGUCCCUGCAAGUGCGUCGUACGUAGUAUCUAUUGCGAAGGCCAUCCGGGAGCUCGAGUGCGUGCGGCGCCGUACUGCGGGAUCAACACGCAUCUUGUAUGGUGGGAGCGCGGGACCCGGCCUGUUCCCGAAGCUCAAGGAUGGAGCUGAUGGGUUAUUCCUCGGCCGUUUCGCGCAUGAUCCAGAACAGUUCCUUAAGACUCUCCUCGAGGUUGCCACGGCGUGAUGUUUGGAAACAAGACCAAAAGUGAAACCCGCGUACUAAGAUAGAGGAAUGAAAUGAAGCUCUGCGGCUAGUUGCAUCGUACAGAAAUAAACUAGCAAAUCCGACGUCGCAUUUGAACUCGUUGUCGUUACACUGCAAGGCUGUAAUCAUGCCAUAGUAUUGAAGAGAUCAAUAACUGGCGCAAAGACGGCACACGACUACAGCCCAAAGUACAGUCGUGCAAUCCAUUCAACACCUUCAAUAGCGGGGCUCACAGAAGCUGGAAGACUGUGCGAGAAGUUGUAAAAUCCAAGAUAAAAUAUAAUUCAUUUAGACCACUGUCACUAUGUUUCACUACAAUCUAUAUAUCACGUCUAUUCACUUCGGAAGAGUUACGGCUAGUGCGUACAACUAUAUACAGUCGCCUCCUCUCACAAUCCUUCACCAAGGAGCCCGCGAAGCUCUCCUCUCUCUCAUCCCCUGAUAAGGUUAGGCAGCUAAUUGGACAUUAUAAUUCAUCCGAAGUCAUGGUAUCAUAUCAUGUGAAAAAUCGCUAACCCAUGGUA